AAUACAGUAAAUGUCAUUCACACCACACAUCAUUUUAUUUUGUGAUAUCGUAAAAACGAGCUGAAUUUUGUGCAAAAUAUCAGGAGGUGGUGUUCUCGGGCAUGUGUCCAUCCUCCUCGCGGACCAUUACGACAAAUAAAAUAUACAAGAGGAUGUAUUGAACGGGUGGCGCGCGAAGAUCGUGGUAGAUGGUGGCCGUAAAAAAUAUUAUCUUUUUCUCAAAUUUCUCUCAGUUUUCCUCCUUAUGUUUCUCGUGAGGAAACUCUCUUGUUUCCUCCACAUUCCUGACGUUAGGUGACUGUGCUCCUGUGAACGCGCAAGUGUUUUGUGUAACGUUUUCUAUUUUUGACUGCAUUUGGUUCUAAUUAUAACGUGUAUUAGUGUUUUGAUGAAUUGCCUCCGAGAGAACAUAUUCAAAUUGCAUUUAUGGCGUCCAUUGUAAUGAAGAAGCACUGCGUACAAUCUCUGAGUCACCCCCCGACACAAGCAACCCCCCCAUCGGAAUAACGAAACCGAAAAAUGCUCUCCGCCGUACGCCGUCCACCAUCCACCCCGACAAACGCGAUAAGAAGCAUAAAAAUUAAAAAAAAAUCGUUGAACGAGCUUAAAAAAAUAUUGCCGACCAUGUGUUCCAAAUUCAAUCUGGAUACAACCAUAGAGGUUGCGAUUGGAUUUUUUUGAAGCUUUAAAAACUUUUUCAACGUGGAUUACUUUAAAAAAAAAUAAUUAUCGAUUAAUAAAAUUAGAGUUGCCUUCUAGAUACCGUAGUGUAUACCGUGAUUGGUCCAAACUUAUGUGUUACUUACUUCCCAUAAUUAAAAUUGAUGUUACAUUUAAUGCAGUAUAGAAUACAACUUUACGGCGCGUGAAAUAAGAAUAGCAAUAAACAAUGGAUAAUGCAGAGGCCGAUAGAAGUUCCACCAGCUUGGAGGAGGCCGGUCAUCUUAAUAGAAACCGGAGUUUCAAAUCGAAACAGCUGGUGAGAAGCCAAGCGAUUAGGGAAUCGCAGUCGCCACCGCGCACCGUGUCGCCCGCCGUACCCGACAACGAUAUAAAUAUAAAAAAUAACAGUGAUACAAGAACGCUUAGUGUUACCGAGAACGUUAGUGACGACUCUAGUCAUGUUAGUGAUUGCGUCGAUGUUAGUUAUAGUGAUAAAAAUAAUUAUAGUGAUGAAUUUAAGAAACAACAACCAGUAGAAAUACAGAUAACGCCGGGCGCUUGGGACGAACAGCAAACCGAGCAACGUCAACGCACAAAACGGUGGCUCGGCCACAAACACCACUCGGACUCGUCCCGAGACUUAUUGUCCAACAAUCCGCGCGUUGCCUGCGUUUGCGGAGCAUGCGCCGCCUGCCCGCACUGCAGGGGUCGACGGCGGAGACACGUGUGUCCAACCAAACAGGACUCGGGCAUCGUCUGCUCAGACGAUUGCCCGGAUUGUUUGGACACGGAACAAAAUGGUACUCCAAACACGGACGGAAUCAGGAAAUCUGAUACAGUCGAGAUAGACGACCAGACAUACUACUGCAGAUGCCCGGAGCGUAAAGAGACCAAACCAAAGAAUCUAUCUUUAAGCAGAACAGACUCUGAGGAGAAGACGGAGCCGACCGGCGUGGAGCUGGUGAACUUCAUCAAGGAGACCCUAAACAAGAACGCCAGGGAUCGGAUGACGUUACUCAAGAUCGAGAAGGAGCUGCACUCACUUGUCAACGACACUGGCCGGUGCAUAGUGCGGUUCCCGGUGAUGACGUCAUACGGCCGGAUGCUUGUCCACCGGUGCGCGGCGCUGUUCCAGCUGUCCCACCACCUCGACCAGGCCAACAGGACCUGCGUGCUCGUCUCCAAGAGCGGCACGAGUGGUGGUCGGCUGCCGUGCACCAGCUUCCGGGAGUGGUGCACCAGCACCUUCCCGCCCUCGCCGCAAACAUGCCACGGCGACACGCACGCCAAGUCGAUCCUGAAGCGCGACGCGCAGUCGCUGGAGGAGGCGGGCGGCGGGCGGCUGGCGGGCGGCCGCAGCAAGUCGCUCGAGCAGCGCGAGCGCGACUACGAGCGCGUGCGCCGCCGCAUAUUCAGCACGGACAACUGUAGUCAAGACGAAUCUCAGUGGCCGUGGACGGGCUCGGGACCAGUCAAGGUGCUCACACCGGAAGGUGGAAGGAACAAGUUGCUAAAAGUGCAGUCGCUGGAGAGCGGCGGCGGUGGCGGCUGGAGGGGUGCGCGGGGCGCCGUGGCCAAGAGCCACAGCUUCGGCGGCUACGGGGACACGCGGCCCCACGCCACGCACCACGCACCGCAAGCACCGCACGCCCGCCUACUCAGCAGGCAAGGUGACCUGGCGUCCAGCAGUUGGCGGCUCUCGCCGUCCAGCUCCGGCUACAAGACGCUCAGUUUGAGAAGCACUGACUCCGUCACGCCGUCGCCCACUGGUGGCGCUAGCCCCGAGCCCACCGGGCCGGCGGUGUCAGUGGCCAACUCUUCGAGCCCAGCAGUGGACGGCGUGGGCGGCGCGGGGGCGCUGGUGUGGGCCGUCACCGACAUGUCGGCCGUGCCGCCCGGCGCGCUCGUCAUCCACCCGCAGACGGGCCGGCCGCUGACCAACCCGGACGGCAGCGUUUACCACUUCGAUCCGGCGAAUCCGCCGGUCCUCUACGACCCUAAUAUCUACGUGCACAACGAGCAGAAGGUUGAUCCGAAUGGACGACGCGGCAAAUUGGAGAAACAGCAUUCUUUCAUUGAUAAUGAAUGCGACUGUCAGCCGACAGAGGAAUGUCGCGGCAAAUGUUGCUGCGACUGUCGCCGACACGACGCUUGCCAGAGGAACACGACAGAUAAGAUCGCAUCGUCGUCCGAACAGAAAAAUUCAAAACCUACGAGCCCGUGCAAAAACCGUUACGAACAAACCAAUCACACACAAGAAGCAAUACACGAGACUAAUCAGAAACAACCCGAGACCAAUCACCAUUCGAAUUACGAAUCGCCGACCAAUCAGAGAGCGGACUACGAAACGCUGACCAAUCACAAAACGACCCACGAAAGCAAUCCGUUGGAAGUGUCAGAAUCGUUGAAUGCCUACGAUAGAGCAUUCGAAGCGCAAGCCAAUCAGAAGCAGUUUGAAAAUGCGUCGACCAAUCAGAGAGUGGGCAACGAUGUGGCGACCAAUCAGAGGCCGGCGAAAUUGACCAGCCAAGACAGUCAAGAGAUGCAGUAUCAAACGCACUACCAAGGGAUGAGAAAUGAUGAGGUGAAUUCUCCGGGUCAACCCGGACAUAUCCACAACCACUACACCCCGGACAUGGUCAUGCAAAACCUAAUGGCUCAAGCUAAAGUCACGCCAAUACCCAUUCAGGACCCUGCCUUACGACCAGUUCCCGGAGCGAACGUGAUGUACCCAACUGUGCCACAAGGAUACCAUUACGUGAACCCUUGUAGAAUGGAGCAGCCAGUUCAAGCUAUAUAUCAGCAGGUGGUGCCAGCAGAGGAGCAGAAACAACUUGCGCCGUCCCCACACGCUACAGAAAGCACCUUCAGAAUCGACCCGAGCUACGCGCUAGCAAACAUGGCGGCGGUGGGUGCAGUGGAGCUGGGCCCGCAGUGCGGCGCCUGCGUCGACCCCAACGUUCACCCGCAUGCCAGGAGUUACAACGUGCCGUAUGGACAGGUGGAAGUGCCAGCCGUACUACCGCCGUACCUCGGCAACGUGGUGCUACCGCAACCGCAGCCGCAACUGCAGCCGCAACCACACCUGCAACCGUACACGCAAUACGGUGAACCGCUACAGUGGCAGACGGGGGGCCCUCUAGUGCCCCUGGGGGCACCGCCGAAGUUACUAGUACCAGAUCUCUACCCCGUGCUGUACCCCAAUCUGUAUCCACAGUACAACCUCGUCUACCCGCAGGUGAUACCCCAGCCGUACCCAGUGUGCCAGCCGGUGUACCCCGCAGCAGGAUCAGAGCAGGACGGUCGCCGCGGCAGCCAGGCGGGCGGCAGCCAGCGCCACUCCAAGCGGAACUCCGUCUGCGGCUCGUCCAGGCACACGCCUCUGCCCGCCACGCCCGACGACAAGCACGUGCCUUACCGCGACAAUAUGCACACGAACACGCAAGUACCCGAAAAGAACUUAAGCCGCCAGAAUUCAAACGAGAUAGCGGCCAAGAUACAGCAGAUAAAGGAACAGAUGGCAGCACUGAACACCGGCCCCGGGACCAAGGAGCGGGAGAAGUUCCGGCCCCGGGACGAGUGGAAGAGGCGGAACAGCGGGAACGGAAUCCUGGGCAGUUACCCCCUAGGGGGAAACCGACCUGUGGGCACGCCCGGAAGGCCGACGCCCAACGAUGAAACGCAGCUGUCGUCGGCCGCGCGGGCAAUAGUCAAUACCAUAAGAGACAUGCAGGCUAAGAACAAUUAUCCAGACCGUCGUAACCACGAGUACCAGAAUCGGCGGCGGGAGUUCGAGCCGGACCGUCCGGAUCGGCCCGAGUGUCCGGACCGGAAACCGGACACGGACGACCGGCGGUACGACGCCCGGAGCCGGAAUGUUAACCCGGUGCCGUUUCAGUACCGGCCGCCGUAUUUGUUAAGACAGAUGUCGCCCGGUACGUGGUGCAGACGAUCCCCCGGUCCGGUACAUCCAGUAUUAAACCAUCCAAGAAGACCACACCCGGACCCUAGAAAUGGCAGGCGUUAACAAACAAAUCCUACGACUACCUGGCAAAUACUACGAUACCUACGACUCGACUGGCAAUUUUUUUUAUUUUAUACACAUUUAUUUAUUACUAGACAAUGUUGUACCGUCAUAUCCACUUUAAAAUGUUUUAAAGUUUUAUUUAAUAUUUAAAUAGAAAUGUUAUUUAUAAAUAUAAUUUUAUUCAAAUAACCACAUACUGCCAGUAGUUGUAGUCAUUUAUGUAAAUUAUAUAAACAUUAAUAGUACCGAUAGAUGGCGCUGUUCAACAAUUCGUAACUACUCAUCAUAUUACAUUAAAAUUGCCAUAUAAAUGUAAAGAUUACAUAUAUAUACAAACAUUGAUUUAUUUCAAUUUUGUGAAAAUUUAAAAAAAGAAUCUUAAUUAACACCAUCUAUUGGUGUGAUCUAGAGCUGUUUUCCGCCAUAAAUAAAUUUGUUGACUUGUGCUAGUGCUAUUUUGAUCAAAUGUUAAUCAAAACAUAUCAAUAUUAAGUUUAGAAGGAACAUUUGAUCAAAAAAAUAUAAUCAGCGCCAUCUAUGCGUAAGCCAUGGACAAGUGAUAAUAAAUUGUUAUAAUUGCAAGUAAGUUGGAAUUUAAUCAUAGAUUGUGUUAUAAAGUAUUUUACCAGGCAAUUGACAUCAGUUUGUAAGACGCUAGAUGUCGCUAUUGGUUUGAGUGACUUUUUUUUUUUAAAUAGAUGUAAUGUAUAGAACUUCCAGAUCAAUUCAAAUAUAUAUACAGAUUUCUGUAUUUUACAGGAAUCAAAACCGCAACCAUUAUCAACUAAAUCACAGUAUUUUUUUUAAAUAACGACUAGCAUGCUUAAUUGAAAAUAGCGCCAUCUAGCGAAUCGCAACGUUAGACAGGACCAUAGACAAUCAAACUCGAUAACAGAGCACAGUUUAUGGGAACCGAAAAGCCCUCGUCAAGAUCUCACAAGUGAACGCGAACUAGUCAUUUUUUUUACAAAACUCUAAUAGACUUAGUUUUAAAAUAAAUAAAUUUAGUAUCCCACGACGGUUUUGCGGUUUCCAAAGACAAAUUUAUCAGUGAUUAAGCCAAAAAACGUAUGGAGAGUAUGCCAUAGAGAUGCUACGAGCGUAUGCAUUACGAAAUUGCAUUAGAAUACCAGAGGGAGACUUUGUACAAAAGUCGUUUGCUUGGACACCUCUGUCCCAUUCGUGUUUCUACCGUAAAACAGUUGUGUUUACAUGGCUGUGUUUCGGUUUAAAGGGUGGGAUAUGGCAGUGAAUUUACAGGGUACAGAGGCAUAACAACUAAGUCCUCAGGAAUGGCAACGCAUGGAGGUAUCAUGGGCGAAACAGUAUACUCUGUUAUGUCCACGGUACUGUUCAUGUCUAUAGGCGACGGUUGCCACUUUCCAUCAGUUGGACCGUCAGCUUGUUUGCCAUUCUAAGUUGCAUAAAAAAAGAAUGACGUCAUUCAGGGGAUGGGACAGAGGUACCCAAGCAAUCGACUUUUGUACAAAGUCUCCCUCUGGUAUUCAGUAGUUUAGUUUUUACAUUAAAAUAAUUGGAUUUGCCACAAAUGAGUUGGGUGUUGUUUUUUUUUUUGUAGACCAAAAUCUUUAAUUACUUGGAAUUCGUUUAACAAAACCAAUGUGUUAUAUUUUUGCCACAAUUCGAACGCUCAGGUGGUGGAAUGAGCUCCCUGUCGAAGUUUUCCCAAGAGGCUAAACCAUGGGGUUCUUCAAAAAAUUAUUAAAUAGCUCUUCAGGGUCGGCAACGCGCGCGUAAUACCUCUGGUAUUGCAGGCGUUCAUAGGCUACGGUAACCGCUUAUCAACAAAUGGGCAAUAUGCUUGUUUGCCACCUCAGUGGUAUAACCACCGCUUGGAGGUCAACCCGGUUAGUUAUAUACCCAUAUUGCUAACAAUGGGAUUCUUAGUCUCCAUUACUAACAAUCCCUUCCCCCCCCCCUCCAUACGUUGGCUCAGUUACUGAUACACUAAACAUAUUAUUGGACCUGACAAUAAUUAUAGUUAUUCAAAUGUUUUAUUUGUAUUUAAUCGUUGAGAGUACGCGAAUUGAAUUGUAUAUUUAUUGUAUAUAAUGCUAGACUUUACCCGCGACUUCGCAUGACCGAUAUAUGUUCACUAAGCGACAUAAAACAUAGCCUAUGCCCUCCCCCAUUCAUAAAUACAUUGAAUUUACUGGGUACAGAGGAAUAACACCCGAGUCCUCAGGAAUGGCAACGCAUGGGCGGUAUCAUGGGCGAAACAGUAUACUCUGUUAUGUCCACGGUACUGCUCAUGUCUAUAGGCGACGGUUAUCACUUUCCAUCAGGUGGGCCGUCAGCUUGUUUGCCAUUCUAAGUUGUAUAAAAAAAAUACAAUGACCUUUUACCAUCAGACGAAUUGUAGAUAAGCAAGAAAUAUUUUUAUUCAAGUACACUUAGAUUUAAACAUUUUUUAAUAGUUUUUUUUUUCUAUUACUUAUACGAGCAUACAUUUAUAAUAACUUUCACAAAUAAAGGACUUAAUGCUAAAUAGCAUUCUCUUACAGUUAAUCUUUAGAAAAAAAAAAUUGUAAAUACACUAACACUGUAAUAUUUUAAUCUUAACACGUUGAGCGCCAUGUCAGCCAUCGGUGGCUGACACUAGACUUUCCGUUUAGGCCGCGUCAGCCAUCGGUGGCUGACACUAGACUUUCCGUUUAGGCCGCGUCAGCCAUCGGUGUCUGACAGCGUGUAACAUGAGAACUAUAAAAUUUUACACUAUUUUACGGAAUUACAGACAACAAAACAGACUUGGUGCGUAACGUGUUCAAUGAAUGCCUAUAGGAAUCACGUUCCAAACGUAAACUACCUUCUACUACGAUAGGAAACACCAGCUCCUGCAGUGCCAGCGCUUCGAAGCGGCGCGCGUGGCCUGAACGGGAUUGCUGUAGAAAUACGCGUGGCGCUCAACGUGUUAACAGAUAAUAUAAAUUUACACAAUACAUAUAAAAAAUACAUAUAUUUUACUCUCCUAUGUUCUAAAAUGUCUCCCCGUUGAUGUGUCCCCAAAAGGCUACGGAAUGGGUUUCUUCAAAAAAAAAGGGGUAAGAAGGUUACUUCAGUGUCAGCAAUACGCGCGUACUGACCGCUUACCGUCUCGUUGGCCGUAUGCUCGUUUACCACCAUUUUUUUAUACCACCAGUGGUAUAAAAAAAUAUCAAAUAAUACAAUUCAGUCCGCGUCAUCUCGUCUCAUUAUUAUAAGUUGUACAUUAUCAUAAGUUUUAUAUUUAAUUGUCUAGUUUAUAAUUUAUUUAAUUUUUAAAACGCAUACGAAAACACGAGUAUGUACUCGUAUGUUUUAGAUCGUUUUCAAUAUUCAAGAGAUUUGGUAAUAAUAAACUAUUUAGAGACUCUGAGAGAUUUUUCGAGUCUUAGAGACUCUGCUAUUAAACUCGAGUCUAAACUCAGCUACAUUAUUAUAAUAAUACGGGAUGUAUUAUUAAAAUAAUCAGGCUGAGUUUAUUUUAUUAAUACGAACCUCAGACUUUUUAAAUUUGCCCAUACAAAAGUCUCUAACUUGUUAACUUUAAUACAACAAGUCUUUAUUCGUCAUGACAUAAAUAUUGCAAAUU